CUGUAGUGUUGAGACACUGAAGGGAACGAAGCUGAGUUGCACGCGUUUCAGUAAUGGAAACACCGGGAAGCAGUAGCUCCGAGCAUGGUGCAACGGGGGACGGCGCUUCAUUGUUGGGGGGCUCCGGUUUGUCUGCUCAGGAGGAGGAUGCCCCAAAGUGCGAGAGAUGGGCGCUUCGAGAGAACUGGCUGGCUGUUCACCCUACGCUCACACGGAUGAUGUCAUUGGAUGUGGCUGACAGCAGUUGUGUGUAUGCUGCUUUCCUAGUGUACUUAGAUCUCUUAGAAGUUAGAAAGUGGCAUGAGGUGUCCUAUGUUGGUCUUGCCGAAUUCCAGCUUGUGUGUCUUCACGGGUGCGUGGGAGAAGCAGAGGGCUUACAAGUGGUGGUGCCAAUUCCUAUCCAUGUGUCAUUCAGCCAUGAGAGAAUGAGGCAGAUCAUGAAGAGAGCAUGUACUGUGCAGGAUAAGCCUGAUUCUCCACCCUCCAUGACUCUGGCUAUAGUUGAAUCGGACUCCACGAUAGUCUACUAUAAACUGACAGAUGGCUUUGUAACCCCAGACCCUCCUGACGAUAUUGAAGACAUGGACGAUAUGCAGUGGAGAAAGAAAAGAAAGAGGUCUUUGAGACGAUAGGGAGAUAGACUAUUGCGUCAGUUCUGGACUGCAUCAAAUCUCUAAACCAGUCUGGAACUGUAUAUAUGUGAAUUAUAAGGUGCCAUUGGGAGUUGAACAUCUGCUCUGAAAAUCCUUCUAAGGCCUGAGAAUUGUAAAAUUGGGACAUCACAGAUGUCGAGGACCAAUUCAAGAAUCUGUUCUCUCCUCAUCAGGAAGUUCAAGCUUGUAGGCUGUGUUUGAAAAGGCGAAUUUUUGGAACGAAACAAAAUUCCAUCCUUAGUUCCUGACCCAGUCAUUGUCCCAAAGGCACCUAAGAGCACUUAGUUUUAUAAACUUUUCAUUUUUUCAGCAAAUUCCUUUGUGCAUGUCAUUAUAAAGUAAUCACAGCACCUGCUAUUAUUAAAUUGCUUGAUUGCAACAUUCAGCAGAGCUUGCUGUACCCACGCUUCCACCCACCCUUUUGGUUCAGAUGUGCUGCAGCUGGAAAAAGAUGACUUCACUCCUGACUGCUGCUACUGCCAAAGCUCCGAAAGGCUUGGUGGUAGCCCUCUAGAAGUGAAGGUGAAUUUAUUUUAUGUUGCACAUUUAAGUGUUUGAAGCACUUCACAUACAGUAUCUCAUUGGUUUUUACAAUAGUUAUACAACUCUGCAAGGUAGGCCCAUGCUGUUAUGCCCACGUUGCAUUCGAAGGAACUGUGAAUGGCAAUGGCUUGCUUAAGGUUACCCCCUGAAUUAUUGUCUAAGGUGAGAUUUGGAGCAGGCAUUUCCUGGCUUGCAUGCUUAGGCCCAAACUAUGGGCACUUUCAGAGGGGCUGCUCAUUCGCACAGAAUUUGUUUUUAUCCUGCACUGACUUACCCCAUCACCACACAUUUUGCUGUUAGAAAAGUAAGGAAAGUGAUUAAAAAGUGCAGGAUAAUGGCCAGUAGCUGGCAACGUGCGCACCUAUCGGGAUGAAUACUCAACAAACAAACAACAUUAUAUAACCUUUGUGUAAAUGUAUUGGCAUGAAGGCUCAAUAAAUAGUCCACUCUGGAAGCUCCCUGUAAGUUAUACACCCACACAUGUCAUGGUAGUGCAGAGGCCCCUUUAGAACAAGAAAAUCUGCUUCCUGUGAGUGCUUUAGGCAGUGCAAAACUGGAAGGGCUGAGAAGGCUCUGACCCUUUUCCCAGCUUCAGAUCUUCCUCUGCCCCACCCUGCAGCUUUUUCCCUUGCAGGAUUUCAAAUGGCCAACUUGUAGUUUGGGCCUUCAUCACCGCCCCACCUCUCAGUUCAGUAAUGAUUAAAACAGUUCAUUACUUCCUGGUGACGAUUUCUGUACCAAACAUUUGCUAUAUAACUGAAUAAGUGGAUGCGGGUAGAAUUCGUUGGAGGUUCUUAAAAUCAUAAUUCCUCUUGCACCUGGUUAGCAACCAAAUUCUCUGGUUCCAUAUUUUGACCUCAGUAAUGGUCCGAGGCCACUGACAUUGAUUCUGAAUCACACAGAUAAUGGGCUCUUUAGCCUCCCCCCCUUUUUUAUGGAAUGAGUAGCAAAAAAGGCUUUGGUAGAACCCACCCCCCUUACAGUUACAGCACUCGCUUCAAGACACAGAUAAAAUACUCUAACUCCCUUCUUGCCUCAUUUGAGCGGCAGCCGAGAAUCUGUCACUUAUGACCUUUUCUUCCCAGAGCUAUAAGCUUGAGGCAAAUAUGGGGCAGAACGUGAUAGAGCCUCUGCUGCUGUUCAUAUUGGGACAACUGGCUUAAACAGCCCUUUGCCUCUGUCUCUGUUUACUUGGAAGAAAGUGGUAAGAUGCAUAAUAAGGGGAUGUGUCUUUAGAGGCAGUGACCUCCAGUUCCCUAUGCCCAUCCUAAGAUUUUAUUAUAGGGCCCCUCCCAAUGUCCUUUUUAUUGUGCAUUCAUGAUUAUUUGUGCUCAUAAUGGUGUUGGGGCAGUUAUCCGCAGUCCUAUUUUCAAUAAUGUUUGCGUUUGCAAAGGUUUCAGGGUGGACGUUUUCCAUCAGUGCAUGUGCCAUAGCUUCCUGCUGAAAUCCUGUAACUUUUCAUCCCACAAAUGGUCCGAGGGUGUUGUUGUUUUGUCCCGCUUUAGUUGCACUAUAGCACAAGAGUGCCCCUCCAGAUGGCAACGAUGUGGCAACACUGGGGAAGCACAGAACAACUAAUAAAGCGGAAUGAUGGAUGGAUGGUCCAGUAUAAAUCCACCACUAAUGCACUGUUAUUGCACUGAUGAAAUAUUACAGAUACCCCCCCCCAAAAAAAAACCAGUCUGGAGGGGCCUAUAAUGUGCCCUUUGUGUGUUUUCUCUUUGAACAGAUGUUUAUCUUUAAUGAUUCUCCUAACAGUGUGAAUUAAAUUCCUGGCUUACUCAGGCCUGGUCUAGGACCUGAUUUGUCAAAUUCUAACAACAGUCAUGUCAGUCCAUUUCUAAAUUAAGAUCCUGGAUAAUAUCAAGUAGAGCAGCCUUCCCAACCUGGUGUCCUCCAGGUUUGCACUACAACUCCCAUCAGUCCCAGCCAGUAUAUUCAAUGAACAGGGAUGAUGGGAGUUUGUUAAAAAAAAAAAAAAAUCUAGAGGACACCAGAUUGGGGAAGUCUAAGUAGAGAGUCAGGUGCCUCUGUCUCUUCUUAUCUUCAAGAAUUCUUCUCUUCAAUUCUCUCUCUCUUCAAACAUUCUUAUGAUGGCUGUUACUGCUUUUUAAAUGUAUCUCAGAGUCACUUGCUGUUCUUUUGCAAGGUUUGUCUUGGAAGUAGCUUAUGCAAUUCAUGUUUUUUAAAAAGUCCAUUAAAAAUUCUCAUGUGGCCAAGGACCACACAGGCGUAUUUUCAGCACAAAGACCACUUAUGUUAUGAUUUCAGAAGCAGAUAGUAAUCCAAGGGAAGACUUGGAGCUAGGGAAUUAGAAUACACAUUUUUCUCAGCUAUAUGAAUUCAAGUCUGCUAGGCUGCAGCAAAAUGCCAUUCAGGGGUUGGCAAGUUGCAGUAAAUAUUUUAAAAGUCUCUUUGUCUUUCUCACCAGGUCAUUUAAGGAACCUGAUAUUCCAAUUUUUUUUAAAGUAAUUGUUCAACUUCAAAGUUGCAGAGAGAUUUUAAAAAUGCAUUGUGGAAAACAUCUGUAAUAUAAUCCCUGGAGAUCUAUUCUUCACACUUUUUGGAGACAUCUGCAAUGCCAUAAUGCACCUUGAACUUGCUAUUCAUCAUGAGAUAACAUCCACACAAUUUUCACAUUAAGUAUCAGUGGAGAAUUAGGACAUCCUAAAUAGUACAAAGACAUAGAGAAAAUGGUGAAUUUGUGCCAAAUGUUGAACUAGGACGUGCUCGCAAAAAGAAAAAUAUGGGUCUCUUGCUGCAAGGUGGGUCCUGGGUCUGAAAUGCUUUACUGCUUUAGAGAGGCCUGGCCUGCCUUCAGCUUUGUGUGGACUCUUAUUAUUAUUGCUAUUAUUGUUCAUUACAUAGUUUGCCCAAAUGUUUUAAAUUUAUCGAGCAUGAGCGCACUCUUGAGAUCUCACAACAGUUAAAGCGUGUGUUCAGUGAUCUACAGGAAGGGCUGUAGCUCAGUGGUAGAGCACAUGCUGUGCAUGGACAAGUCCCAGGUUCAAUCCCUGACAUCCCCAGAUUAGAGUCGGAAACUUUGGAGAGGCAACUGUUGAUCAGUGUUGACAACGCUGUCUUAGAUGGACCAAUGGUCUGAAUUAAUAUAAAUCCUAUAUUCCUGUAUGUACUGUUGCUUAAAAUGAAUAUGUACUCUUGAUGAAUCGGACAGAGGCCCACCGAGUCCAGAAUACAGAAAACUAGGCAGUAGGUAGUCCAUCAAAAAUUGCCCAGAGUAGAUCUCAGUCUACCUUUUGUGCAUUAUUUUAGUAAUUAAGGGAAUUGCAAUAAUGAAAUAUUUCAGUGCAUGCUUUGUGGAUGGAGCAGGGAUUCUGGUACACGAAAAUUAAGUAUCAAAGAAGGAACGGGAGGGAGGGGCUUCAUUUAAAAUAGUGUCUUGUGCAUGUGGUACUGAUCUCCAUUAUGCAUAAGUACAUCUGUGCUUUUUUUCAGUUGCAGACACACUUGGAUGAAACGGAUUAUCUAGAUCCAUACCAAUCGGGUUUCAGGACUGGACAUGGAACUGAAACAGCCUUGGUCGCUCUGGUCGAUGAUAUGAGGAGGGCACUGGAUAGGGGAGAAUUCACCUUCCUUGUCCUCCUGGAUCUCUCAGCGGCUUUCGAUACCGUAGAUCACGGUAUCCUUUUAGAUCGCCUGGAGAGUUUGGGAUUGGGAGGCACGGUUUUACGGUGGUUCCACUCCUUUCUCUCUGAUAGGUGCCAACAGGUAGCAUUGGGUGAUGAGGUUUCAGACCCUUGGCCUCUCAAUUGUGGUGUGCCACAGGGCUCUAUCCUCUCUCCCAUGCUAUUUAACAUCUAUGUAAAGCCGCUGGGAGAGAUCAUCAGGAGAUUUGGGCUGCGGUGUCACCAAUAUGCGGAUGACACUCAGCUCUAUCUCUCAUUUAAAUCUUCACUGGAGAGGGCUGUGGAGACCAUGUCCAAGUGCCUGGAAUCCGUGAGUGGAUGGAUGGGCAGGAACAGGUUGAAGUUGAACCCUGAUAAGACCGAGGUACUACUUGUGGGAGACAAGGGAGGGUUAGGAGAUGUUGACCUGGUGUUUGAUGGGGUGAAGUUACCCCUACAGGACCAGGUCCGCAGCCUCGGGGUUGUUCUUGAUUCCAGGCUGUCCAUGGAGGCUCAGAUUUCGGCUGUGAGCCGGGCAACUUGGUAUCAAUUACACCUUAUACGUAGGCUGCAACCCUACCUCCCUGUUCAACAGCUCCCGCUCGUGGUACAUGCCCUGGUCACCUCUCGAUUGGACUACUGUAAUGCGCUCUAUGUGGGGUUACCCUUGAAAACGACCCAGAAAUUACAACUUGUACAGAAUGCAGCAGCGCACUUACUUACCAACAGCCGCCACCGGGACCACAUUACGCCAGUAUUAUUUGAUCUACACUGGCUGCCGGUUGUUUUCCGGGCCCGAUUCAAGGUGUUGGUAUUAACCUUUAAAACCCUAUACGGUUUCGGCCCAGCUUACCUGAAAGAGCGCCUCCACCGCCACCACCUAUGCCACCCAACUAGAUCAGCCACACAAGGCCUUCUCUCAAUCCCGCCAACCAAAACAGUUAGGUUGGUGGGUACUAGGGAGAGAGCCUUUUCUGUGGUGGCCCCCACUCUCUGGAACUCCCUCCCAUGUGAUCUUCGACAUGCCCCUUCCCUAGAUGUAUUCCGCAAGGCCCUAAAGACGUGGCUAUUUCAACAGGCCUUUGAGGUCCUUGGGAGGGGUAAAUCUCCAUGAUUUUGUCAUCUAUCGUAUGCUGCUAAUAUAAUUGUUUUUAUAUGUAUUGAUGACUGUCCAGUAUUUUUAUCUAUUGUUAUUAAUGUGACUGCAUCUGAUAUUAUUGUAUUUUAUCUCUUUUAAUGUACGUCGCCUAGAGUGGCUAUUUGCCAGAUAGGCAACAAACAAAUUAAAUAUUAUUAUUAUUAUUAUUUCAAUCCAGGUUUAAGCUGCCUACCUCCAUUUCCCCUAUUAUAUAAAGCAGUGAUUCUCAAACGGUGCACCCAGGCACACUGGUGCGCCCCAAGAGGUGGCUAGGUGUGCCUCAAAUAUUAUGAAAGUAUAUUUUAAAAAUGAGAAGAAACACAUUUGUAUAGGUGCGCCGCGAACCAAAAAAGUUUGAGAACCACUGAUAUAAAGCAACGAUUGUUAUUGGAAUUUUGCUGAGCAUCUAUGGGUUUCUGCAUCCCCAGAAAAACUGCUGAAGCUAUCCUGUGUUAAAAAGUAGCUUGCUCCAUGCUGCAUCUGGCUACAAUCCUUGUGUAUUAUGGACUCUGCUGUUAAGUCCAUAAAAUAAUCUCACUCUCUACUUGGCUGCUGAGCAGUAGCUGAACCAUCACACUAUAAGCUGCUAAACCUCAGCGUGGGUAUGUGUAAGGAAACCAAAGAGCUUAAGUUUCUUUUAAAUGACGACUGUAGUACAAUGUUUGUGUUGGAUUUUUAUUUUCACUCCACAUCAGAGCCUAUAGAGCAACUUCCUUUGCCAUUUCCCUCGCUGUCAGGAAAAUAUUAUAGUCAGUUGCAAAAUUCUUUACUUUGUGAUGUUUUUCAUUUUCCCCUCUAGGGCUUUAGAUAUGAAGAAAUAGGUUAAUUCAGAGUGGCGGCUUCUUAAAAAUCUCCUGAACUACUGCCUCAGAUCUCAUUCAUGUAAAAAUUGCUUCAUGUGUUAAACGCUACCAUGGCAAAAUGGGCUUGGUUAACUGAUGUUCCUAUAUAUUAGUGUAUAUAUGGUAAGUGCUGGUUGUUUAGAGUAUACAUGGUAAGUGGUGAAAGAGGAGGGGGAGUGAAUGGGCAGUAGAAUGCUUGAUGAUUGGCUGAAUGUUUAAGAUGGCUGACAGUAUAAAUGAAAGGAUGACAGGUAAAUCUGGGGAAUGUGAGGUGGUGAAUUGUGGAAUCUGGGGGGAGAAGAGAAAGAGUGGAUUGCUUGGUGGGGUUUGAGAGAGUUGUUUGCCAGGAGAGAGUGAUGAAGGAGGGGGGUGGAG